CUGGAAUUGAGAGACUACCAGCUGGAAUGCAUCAAAUCAGUCGUCAAGUCUACCAAACGUGGUGUCAAACGCGUGGGAGUAUCAUUGGCGACGGGGAGUGGAAAGACUGUAAUUUUCACACAGCUUAUUGGGAAGAUUCAAGAUCGGCCAAAUGGAGGAAGCAGAACGUUGAUCCUGGCUCAUCGCCGUGAGCUCGUCGAGCAAGCUGCAAAGCAUUGCCGGCUCGCAUACCCCGAGAAGUCAAUUGAUAUUGAGAUGGGUUCUUUGAGCGCAUCCGGGGCUGCAGACAUCACCAUCGCGAGUGUCCAGAGCAUCAUUUCAAAGGACCGCAUAGAGAAAUACGACCCCUCAUCAUUCAAGCUCGUGCUUGUGGAUGAAGCUCACCACAUUGUUUCUCCAAGCUACCUCAGAGUGCUUGCACACUUUGGACUGGAGCAGAAGCGACACAACUCGCCGCUCCUGGUUGGCGUUUCCGCAACAUUCUCUCGUUUCGAUGGAGUGAAGCUCGGAAGCGCGAUUGAUGAGAUUGUCUACCACAAGGACUAUACGGAGAUGAUCUCAGACAAUUGGCUCUCCGAUGUCGUCUUUACAACGGUGAAGUCGACCGCAAAUCUUUCCAGGGUUAGAAGUGGCAACACUGGCGAUUUCGCCACAGGCGAACUCUCCAGGGCAGUCAAUACGGACGAACUCAACAACAUUACGGUCCGAAGCUGGAUGGCCAAGGCUGCGGGCAGGAAAUCCACUCUCGUUUUUUGCGUCGACCUUGCACAUGUCGCUAGCCUCACAGACACCUUUCGCCAGCAUGGGUUUGACGCCAGAUGUGUCACUGGAGACACACCCAAGGUUGAGAGAGGGCAGAUUCUGGAGGAUUUCAAGAAUGGCCGGUUCCCGGUGCUACUAAACUGCGGCGUGUUUACAGAGGGAACUGACAUACCAAAUAUCGACUGUAUCGUGCUUGGCCGACCAACGAAAUCCAAAAACCUCCUCGUCCAGAUGAUCGGCCGAGGGAUGCGCUUGCAUGCCGGGAAGAAGAACUGCCACAUCAUCGACUUUGUUUCCAGCCUGGAAACUGGCAUCGUGACAACGCCUACUCUCUUUGGCCUCGAUCCCAACCUGCUCGUAGAUCGGGCCAACGUUGACGAGAUGAUAGCGGCGCAGCGCCGCAAGACUGCCGAUGAUAAGAAAAAGGCAGAGGCUGCUGCACGCAGUGGACACCCAGCAGCAACCGCGGUCGCCUUUACCGAUUACUCCUCGGUUCUUGAUCUGAUCGCAGACUCAUCCGGAGAACGACACAUUAGGGCCGUCAGCGAGUUUGCAUGGGUCCAAGUCGGACCCGAAAAGUUCAUCCUUUCGGCACCCAGCGGCUCAUAUAUUCGAAUCGAGCGCAUCGAAGACGACAUUGUCCGCUCCGGAGAGCAGUCCCCGAAGUACCGGGCCGUCGAGAUACGCUCCCUGCUCCCCGGCACCUCCAAGUCGCCCUUCGCAGCGCCCCGGGAGAUCCUGACCGCGGCCACCUUCAGCGACGCGGUGCACGGGGCGGACAGCUACGCCUCCCACGCGUUCCCAUUCUCCUUCAUCCACCGCCGCCAGCCGUGGCGCAACCUGCCCCCGACGCAGGGCCAGCUGGACUUCAUCAAUAAGCUCCGCGGGGAGGGCAAGCCCCUCAGGGUGCAGCAGCUGAGCAAGGGCAAGGCCGCCGACAUGAUCACCAAGCUCAAGCACGGGGCCCGCGGGCAGUUCGCGAGGCUCGAGGCGCAGAAGAAGCGGCAGGUGAAGCAGGAAAUGCUGGCGCAGCCGUCCAAUCGCGAGCAGGUCAGAGUUGGACCCUUGGAAUCAUGA